CGGACACGUCCCGGGUGUCCAGGACGGAAGUGCGUGUCGGUGGGAUGAUGGCCACUCUGAGCGACCUGCCGGACUCGGUGCUGUUGGAGAUCUUCACGUACCUGCCCGUGCGGGACCGGAUCCGCAUCUCCCGGGUCUGUCACCGCUGGAAGAGGCUCGUGGACGACCGCUGGCUGUGGCGACACGUCGACCUGACCCUCUACACGAUGCGACCCAAGGUCAUGUGGCACCUCCUCCGCCGCUACAUGGCGACGCGCCUGCACUCCCUGCGCAUGGGGGGGUACCUGUUCUCGGGCUCCAAGGCCCCGCAGCUGUCGCCUGCGCUCCUGCGGGCCCUGGGCCAGAAGUGCCCCAAUCUGCAGCGCCUGUGCCUGCAUGUGGCCGACCUGACGCUGGUGCCCAUCACCAGCCUGCCCUCCACCCUGCGCACCCUGGAACUGCACAGCUGCGAGAUCUCCCUGGCCUGGCUGCUGCGCGAGCAGGACCCCAACGUGCUGCCACACCUCGAGCGCAUCGUGCUGGACCGCGUGCCCGCCUUCCACGACGAGCACCUGCAGGGCCUCACCCGCUUCCGGGCGCUGCGCUCACUGGUGCUGGGGGGCACAUACCGCAUCACCGAGACCGGGCUGGACGCGGGCCUGCAGGAGCUGAGCUACCUGCAGUGGCUCGAGGUGCUGGGCUGCACCCUGUCGGCCGACAGCACCCUGCGCGCCAUCAGCCGCCGCCUCCAGGAAGUGCGCAAGAUCCGGCUGACCGUCGGGGGACUCUCGGCCUCGGGCCUGGCCGUGCUGGAGGGGAUGCCGGCGCUGGAGAGCCUGUGCCUGCUGGGGCCCCUGGUCACCCCCGAGAUGCCCACCGCCACAGAGAUCCUGUCCUCCUGCCUCACCAUGCCCAAGCUGAAGGUUCUGGAGCUCCAGGGCCUGGGCUGGGAGGGGCAAGAGGCCGAGAAGAUCCUGAGCAAGGGGCUGCCCCACUGUACGGUCAUCGUGAGGGCCCGCCCCAAGGAGACCAUGGACUGGUGGAUGUGACUGCGCUCCCAAGUCAGACCGCCCACCCCCCACCCCCCAAGCUGCGUGGGGGGCAAGAGGGAUUCCAACAGUGGUGUCUUGGGCAUCACUGUCAGCCUCGGACACCUGCCCCCUCCCGAUGUCGGGAAAGGGGGAACACUGGCUACCUCGUGGUUAUGUUACCAAGCCUUACUCUUUAGUCUCUGGCCCCCUCUGGAAAAGCCCCCAUGAAGAGGCAUGGCCAGGGUCACCCCAAGGGUGAGGUCAUGUAUUGGGGGAGGGGCCUAGAAGUUCUGGGGGACUUUACACAGCCCCCGGCCGUGUGCCUGCCCACCCCCCAGUCUGGCAAGUUGAUGGACACAGCUGACCAGAAAGUUCCUAAAGAUUCUCAGUUGGAUUUUGUUCUCGCUUUUGUACUCUGAAGUUUUCCAGUCUCUUUCUUUUCACAAUACAGACUUUU